GGCUUCUUAGAAGUGGUGAUGCAAGAAGUUUCUAGGAAAGCGCUACCAGAAGUCGGCAGGAUGUCUUGCUUGGCCGACAGCUGCAUCCAGUUCACGCGUCACGCCAGCGACGUCCUGCUCAACCUGAACCGCCUCCGCAGUCGGGACAUCCUCACCGACGUGACCAUCCUGGUCAGCAGGCAACAGUUCAGGGCGCACAAAACCGUCCUCAUGGCUUGCAGCGGGCUCUUCUACACCAUCUUCACCGACUCGCACAAGUGCAACCUCAAUGCCAUCAGCCUGGACCCCAAGGUGGACCCGGAGGGCUUUGCCAUCCUGCUAGAGUUCAUGUACACCUCCAGGCUAGCGCUCAGGGAGAGUCUGAUCAUGGCCAUCAUGAACACGGCCGUCUACCUGCAGAUGGAUCACGUGGUGGACACCUGCCACCGCUUCAUCAAGUCCAGCGAUCCGACCGUCAAGCUCCCCAGAGACGAAUUCCUGGUGAGCCCUCUGGUUCUGCCCCAGGACGUCCACGCGUACCGCCCUCACGAUAUGGUGGACGCCUUGCACGGCCGCGUGGCGCCUUUCAGGGACGCGCGGCCGGCGUACAGCUCCGGCAUGCUCAACGGCGUCACCACCCCCGGCAACUACCACCUCUACGGGCAGUUCCCCAUGACGGGAUUCCCUUUCCCUCUCUGCAAGCUGACCGACGCUAAGAACGCCUUCAGCGACCUGUCACGGAGCGGGAUCCACCACAAGCACCCGCACGACGCCGCCGCCAUCAGCAGGGCCGAGUACGCCCGGGCGGUGGGCUCCUCCGGCAUCCUGCACGCCGCAAACUUCGCCCCCAGGGAGUUCGGGCGGGAGGACGAGGUGAAAAAGGAAAGCCACGAGGGGCUCGGGCUACCGCUGGGCCUGGGCGGGAGGAAGCGGGUCUACCCCGUCUUGACCCUUGAACCUCAAAAAGACAAAGAGCACAUCCCGCCAAGCGAGGAGGACAUGAUCCAUCACCACUACCCUCUUGGGAUCUCCUCCGCUGGGCGUAAGAGUCUCAUGAGCAGCCCACAGAGCCCCCUCAAGUCAGACUGCCAACCCAACUCCCCGACAGAGUCCAGCAGUAGCAAGAACGCCGGACUGUCGCAGGCCGGGGCGCAGCAGGCGGGGGCGGGAACGCAGGACCCCAAAGCCCGCAACUGGAAGAAGUACAAAUUCAUCGUGCUCAACCAGAGCGCCAGGGAGGACGAGGCUGGCCUGCGGAACCCCGGACUGUGCUCGCCUCAGCGUGUCGGCCUGCAGCCGUAUCUCCACGCCGGGGACAAUUUGGAGGUGCAAAGCGCAAGGAAGAGCGUCGAGGAUCAUCCCAUGCCGCAGACCAGUCGACUCAACAACAUCAUCAGCAGUGCGCUGGAUGGCUCGGUGAGAAGCGGCGAGGCCCAACAGCCAACGCGCUACCUCAAGCGCCUCAACUGCUCAUCGUGCGGCGCCCAGUCGCCCCAGCACUCCGAGGUCUGCCCCUCCCGGUCAAGGCUGGGCGAGGACAUGGCCGAAAUGCAUUCGGAAUACUCCGACUCCAGUUGUGAAAACGGCACCUACUUCUGCAACGAGUGCGACUCCAAGUUUGCAGAGGAGGAAGCUCUGAAGCAGCACGUGCUCCAGGUCCACAGCGACAAGCCCUACAAGUGCGACCGAUGCCAGGCCGCCUUCCGUUACAAAGGCAACCUCGCCAGCCACAAGACCGUCCAUACGGAUUUGUUGUUUUUGGGCUCACCACCUGUUGUGUUUGCAGGCGAGAAGCCAUAUCGCUGCAACAUCUGCGGUGCUCAGUUCAACCGACCAGCCAACCUCAAGACUCACACUCGCAUCCACUCAGGAGAGAAGCCAUACAAAUGUGAAACGUGCGGCGCUCGCUUCGUACAGGUCGCCCACCUCCGAGCCCACGUGUUAAUCCACACGGGCGAGAAGCCGUACCCUUGCGAGAUCUGCGGAACGCGCUUCCGCCACCUGCAGACCCUUAAGAGCCACCUGCGCAUACAUACCGGCGAGAAGCCCUACCACUGUGAGAAAUGCAACUUGCACUUCCGCCACAAGAGUCAGCUUCGUCUCCACCUGCGGCAGAAGCACGGCGCCAUCACCAACACCAAAAUCCAGUACCGCAUUUCUACCGACACGAUGCCCACAGACCUCAGCAAGGCCUGUUAAAACGGCGGAUUUGAAACCCGAGCAGCUCCCUUUGACGUGUACAAUCAUCCAAAAACGCUCGUGCCGCACUUUGUUCAUGGGACUAAUUGAAGUGGACUUUUUUUUUUUUUUUAUUGUGCGCUACAACAAAAGGUGGAGUUGUUGCAUUCUGAUUUUAUUUGGCGGUAGCGUAGGUUGAGGUUUCCACGCGGGCUACAAAAUGGUGUCAGAAGUUAUCAAAAUCGAUGUCAUUGAAAAGAGUAGCCUACUCCGAUUACAGACUAACUAGUGCAAUGGGGUUGUUUUUUUUUUUUUGUCUGUGCAAUUUGAAAUUUUGCACAAUAGUAGAAGCUCUCGAGGGCUCUACAUAGGCCAAAAAUGUUAUUGCUUCAUUCAAUUAUUUAUUUUAAGAACCAAUUUUACUUUCCAAGGAUUUUUGUGCAGUGAAUGCAGGUAGCAGAUUUAUUCCGUUUUUUUUAAAUUUGGAUCGUGUUCAAUAUUUGGUAGCAUCACUCGAGACGUCCACCUAAAGCGAUCCCCCACCACCUUUUGAUGUGUACAAUCAUUUAAGACGCUAGUGCCACACUGUGUUCGGACAAAUCAAAAUGGCAAUGUGCCGCUAAUGAUAAAAAAAAAAAAAACGGGUUUCCACUACAUGUGAA